AGAAACCCAAAAAAGAAUCCUUUUUCCUCAUCUUUUCUUUUCUCUCACAGUGCGUCUCUUUGCACCAAUCAAAUUACAGUCACACACCCAAAAACACUUUCUUCUCCGUAACAUCACUGAAUCCCAUCCUCAUCCUCCGUUUCUAGGGUUUAUAACCAUUCCAUCUAACCCUCUCUUCCUCCUCAAUCGAUUCUCUUCUACCCAUGCUUUUCGCCAUCUACAAUGUUGGAAUUCAUUUGGAUGAUUAGAUAUGGUUUCUCAUUGAGAUUCUAGAAAUGUUGAACUGUGAAGUAAGAUGAGUAAGCGUGAAAUGUCGAAGGUGAAGCAGUCGCAGGUUCCUUUGGCUACGUUGAUUGGCCGUGAGCUUCGAAAUGAGAAAGUUGAAAAUCCUUUUGUGAAGUAUGGACAGGCUGGAUUGGCUAAGAAAGGAGAAGAUUACUUUCUGAUCAAAACAGAUUGCCAUAGGGUUCCCGGGGAUCCGUCGACCGCGUUUUCUGUUUUUGCGGUUUUUGAUGGGCAUAACGGUAUAUCAGCUGCUAUUUAUGCAAAAGAAAACUUGCUUAAUAAUGUUUUGAGUGCAAUACCGCAAGAUAUCAGCAGGGAUGCAUGGCUACAGGCCCUGCCUCGCGCUCUAGUUGUUGGUUUUGUGAAGACUGACACAGAGUUUCAGAAGAAGGGGGAAACCUCUGGAACAACAGUUACAUUUGUGCUGGUUGAUGGAUGGACUGUCACUGUUGCAUCUGUUGGUGAUUCCCGUUGCAUAUUGGAUACUCAGGGAGGUGUAGUUUCUCUCCUGACAGUUGAUCACAGACUUGAAGAGAAUGUAGAAGAGAGGGAACGUGUUACUGCUAGUGGUGGUGAAGUAGGAAGACUCAAUGUAUUUGGGGGAAAUGCGGUAGGACCUCUUCGCUGCUGGCCUGGUGGACUUUGCCUAUCUAGAUCAAUAGGAGACACAGAUGUGGGAGAGUAUAUUGUGCCAAUACCACAUGUUAAACAAGUGAAAGUGAGUUGGUUUCAUUAUUUCGUUCUUUGUUUGGUGACUCAUAUGAGCACAUUCAGUUCCAAGAUGCAAUUCUCACAAAAUGUUCUUCUCUUGUUUCCUCAGCUUUCAAAUGCUGGUGGAAGGCUUAUUAUAGCCUCUGAUGGUAUUUGGGAUACUAUAUCGAAUGAGACAGCCGCCAUGUCAUGUCGGGGUCUACCUGCAGAACUUGCUGCCAAGCUAGUAGUUAAGGAAGCUCUAAGAUCUAGAGGCUUGAAGGAUGAUACAACCUGCCUUGUAGUAGAUAUUAUUCCUUCUGACCACCCUGUAUUACCACCAACUCCAAGAAAGAAACAUAAUAUGCUAACAGCGCUUCUCUUUAGAAAGAAAUCUGAGAACUCUACAAACAAAGCUACGAGCAAGCUUUCUGCAGUUGGUGUUGUGGAGGAGUUAUUUGAAGAGGGUUCUGCAAUGCUUAUAGAAAGGCUUGGUAAGGAUUUUCCAUUUGAUAAGAAUUCGGAGAUUUUCCGUUGUGCGAUUUGCCAAGUGGAUCAACCCCCUGGGAAUGGUCUAUCAGUGAACUCUGGACCUUUCUUUUCUCCAGCAUCUAAGCCAUGGGAAGGGCCAUUUCUCUGCACAAACUGUCGAAAGAAAAAAGAUGCCAUGGAAGGAAAGAGGCCCAGCUCACAUACUGUUACAGCACAGUAAUCAUCUAAUAUUAUGGUUUCAUAGUAAAUAUUUGUAAAAUUUUCUCUCCCGGUGUGAGCAUGCUUGAUUUUACAUUUUCGGUGGUGAUUGUCAUAGAUGUGCAAGAAAUGAGUUGAAGAUAGGUCUAGUAAGUGUUUUUGAAGCUGUAACAAAUUUGAUUAUGGCUUCUGCUCAGCUGUUGGACUGACUAGUAGAUAGGUGAUUUGUGCUAACAGGUUGUAUUUGUAAGUAAACUGAAGUUAUGGUUACGGCUCCUCGAGGAAGUCUCAAACGUCUCUGAGGAUCAAGAUUAUGUGAUCUUAUUGACCCUCUCCCCUACCACAAAAUAGUCUAUGAAUGUGAAAAUUGUUGAUCAAGUUAGUUCUUUUGUUACGUGUUGUCGUCAAGAGUUGCGAAAACAUUGCUGCCAGGGCACGGACACUACAAUGAUAAAUAAAAAAUAGAGGGCUCCCUCAUCUUUUUCUU